GAUCUCGUUUCUCUUCUUUCAGUUGACCCAUCAGCUCAUCGCGGCUGGCACUUGAUUAAUAAUAGGAAAUGUGGAAUCCGAACCCAGCUGAAAGUAGUUGGUGGAGAGAAUGCCGCCAUAGGAGAGUUUCCUUGGGCUGCUCAAUUCAUCACCACGAAAAAUAAAGACUCAUCAUCAAGUAUGUGCACAGCGGCAAUAAUCAGUGACCAGUUCGUUCUCUUAGCAGCACAUUGUCAACCCAAAGAACCUUACACAUCUGUUGUGGUAGCCGGAAAUGUGGAUGAUCAAGACUCAGACUGUGGCUCAAGAACUAAUAACUGUGCACCGCCAAAGAAAACGUAUCAAGUGGAAAGGUUCUAUCCUGAUGAUGUAUUCUACAAGGAUAUAGGUCUGGUCAAAAUCAAAGGGAGGUUCAAAUUCAAUGAUUUCGUUGCUCCUAUUUGUUUGGAGUAUGGAAAGUUACUUUCCAAAGACUACGCCGGCACGGAGGCAGAGUUUGCUGGGUGGGGUGCCUUCAAAAUCGACCCAGUGACCAACACAACCUCUGGUCCAACCAUGCUGCAGAAGUUCACAGUACCUGUGCAAAACGAGAGCGUCUGCAUAGAGUCCAUGCACGUCAUUGUUCGGAAUACCACUUCUUGGCAGAAGGACAGAAAGUCGUUUAUUUGUGCUGGGAGCAGACCUGAUCAGUACAUUUCGUCUGGGGACUCAGGUGGUGUUCUGGCGGUGGCUCAAUCGGUUGCUGGUGACAUACCUAGAUUCUUCGCAGUUGGAGUUGCGGCAAUGCAUUCUGAAGAGCCCUCCAUUGCAGAUGUCUACACGCGAGUCGCAUACUACAUGGAAUGGAUCAUGGAUACUAUCGCCAAUGAAAGUGUAUAGCUUCAUCAUAAUAUGAUCGAAUAAUAUUGAACAAUAUCAAGCAAAAUCGGACAAUAUCGAUCAAUAUAGGGCACUAUUAUGACAAAAAAAGCAUUUUCAAACAUUAAAAUACAAAAUCAAACAAUACAAUACAAUAUUGAAUCAUAAUAACAUCACAUUUCUUCAUAUACAGCUGAAUUUUCACACUGAUUUCACGUCGACACGACAGGACAGAAUGCUCUCCUAUGGACUGAUCGGCUCUGUGUAUAAACAAUCAGACCCGAUAACUACCCAAGGUCAUCGAAAAAAAUAAUAGGAUCUGUGUUCUCUCCUUUGAUGCCAAAGUCUACAGUUAACAUGGCCACUAUUAUAAUACCUUUUCACCGCUCAUGCAAGUAUAAUGCAGUUCUCGAUGAUAUUUGCUGCCGGUUCUUCAAGAUGUCGACUGCUAAAAGGAAGAGAAUGGCUGUGAUAGAGAGAAGAAGAAGAAGAACAACAACAACAACAAGGAGAAGAAGAAGAAGACGAAGAAGACGAAGAAGAAGAAGAAGAAGAAGAAGCAAAGAAGACGAAGAAGAAGAAGAACUAGAACAAGAACAAGAAGAAGU